CCGGAGCCAAGGAGCAGGCUCCAGACGCUGCUUAGGAACCGGGGAUCCGGGAGUGCCCGCACCCUGAGCUCUCAGCUCCGGAGGCGUCAUGGCAGAGUACGGGACUCUCCUUCAGGACCUGACCAACAACAUCACCCUUGAAGAUCUGGAACAGCUCAAGUCAGCCUGCAAGGAGGACAUCCCCAGUGAGAAGAGUGAAGAGAUCACUACAGGCAGUGCCUGGUUUAGCUUCCUGGAGAGCCACAACAAGCUGGACAAAGACAACCUCUCCUACAUUGAGCACAUCUUUGAGAUCUCCCGCCGUCCUGACCUACUCACGAUGGUGGUUGACUACAGAACCCGUGUGCUGAAGAUCUCUGAGGAGGAUGAGCUGGACACCAAGCUAACCCGUAUCCCCAGCGCCAAGAAGUACAAAGACAUUAUCCGGCAGCCCUCUGAGGAAGAAAUCAUCAAAUUGGCUCCCCCACCAAAGAAGGCCUGAGCAAGGGGGAGGAAGAGGAGGAAGGUUGGAUCUUCAUCAGACCACUCCCUUCCCCAUCCUCAAUGGGAGGGGCUAGGGCAACACCCUGCUCCGUACCCACUUACUAACUUGGUCCUAACCCUUACUAUGCGCGUGUGUGUGCGUGUGCGCACGCUCUGGCUGUCUGUCUGUCUAGCUCAUCUAGUUCCUCCUCCUCAUGAGGGGAUUGGAGUCAAGGGAGGGGGGCUUAGCUGCCCCCACUGUAAGGGGAGGUGGACGCUUUUUCUAUGUAAACAGAAACUGGCACACUCCUCCUCCUCUCCUCUCCUCCACUCUUCCCCACAUCUUUAAAGUAUGGAAGCAGAAAGGGCCUGCGUUUUCCCACACUGAGGAGCUAUGGUGAAGAUGAGGUAUGGCGGAGAUGAUUAGAUCUAAAGAAAACCAGUGGGGAAGGAAGGUCAAGAGGCUACCCAACCUCCACCUGAAGGGGCUCCUGAGUGCCAGCGGGCCCUCCUUUAUGCCCUUGUUACGGGCCUGGGAUGUGGAUAAGCAGAGAUCCUAAUGAGAAGACCACUAGCUCCUUUCCUGGUCCCAAAGAUCAAACCCCAGUGGAGAAGCCAGCUUUUGAUGUCCCCAACUUCUGCUCUGGAGAGACUAUGCUGGGACCAUGCACUGCUGAGCCUGAGCCAGGGAUGCAGGCAGAGACAGGCCCACUCUCGCUCCUCAGUUUCUAGAUACAGACUGUUGGGAUAUACUGACCCGGAGCCUAGGAAUUGGGGAAUGAGAUCCCUUAGGUUUUAACCGCAACCUGCAGAGUCCCAAAAUGGGUAUUGUAGGCAACCUUUCCACUUUCCAGUUCGGAAUUCUCCAAGCAAGAGAUAAGUUAACGACAGUGUUUCCUUUGCACUGACUACCACCCCAUUCAAUCCAGGAAGGGACUGGUCACCUUUCUCAUUUGGGUUUGUGAAUGCCACACAGCCAAGCCACUAGAGUACAGUGAGUGAACCCAGCCUCCUCCCUGUCCCAAGAUGCCCUUCCCCAUCUUGACCGUGCUAACUGUGUGUACAUAUAUAUUCUACAUAUAUGUAUAUUAAACCCGCACUGCCAUGUCUGCCCUUUUUUGUGGUUUUUAGCAUUAACUUAUUGUCUAGGCCAGAGCGGGAGUGGGAGGGGAAUGCCACAGUAAAGGGAGUGGCAGAGCCAAAUUGCUAAGUAGUCAAAACAGAAAACAUUUCCACCAAUCACAACAAACAUUGCAUUUACAUUUGAGCUAAGAGACAAUUUAGAAAAAGUUGAAGGUAGGAGCUUUUAGGAUGUGGGAGCAAAACUUCACAGGGAAGGGAGGACCAGCUGUCAGAAGAGGGCUCUUGAAGCCAGACUGGCUAGAGCACCCUCACUUCCUAGCUGAGCCCAGUUUGCCCAUCUCCUCUGGCCACUGCUGCAGACACCUGCCUUAACACACACACCUCUAAGACUCCAGUUUUGCCUUAAAGGCCCUUCCUAAGUCUCCCUAGUCCUGCCUGGCAUCUCCUUUGAGACAAGAAAUCCUUGUACAACUGGGAGAAAGGAACUAUGGGCAACAUCCUUCCAUCUGGGGUGUUACGUGAGAGCAGGAGUUAAGACGGAGGCUUUCCUUAUGAAGACACAGGAGAGAGAGAGGGUGCUUCUCAGCAGUUUCUCUGUAAGGCAAAAAACACAAACCUUAAACACACUAACCUGCCCUAAUACACUCACCUACCCUGCUACCCUCGUGCUGCUGUGAGGUUGCCCCUAGCCUGUGUUCCUCUGUCUGCAGCGUGCACGGCCUUGUUCUAACCCUGGAAUAAAGGUGACUGACUGUACUGAA